AAUACGCACAGCUAAUCCAUGCCUACAUCGUUAGAUUUUAGCAGCAGCUCCAGUGCACUACUACCAACCGGUCAGGAACAAGAGGAUUUUUUCCCUCACUGAACCCAACCAACCAAUUCUUCCCUAGUUUUCCUUGCCUGCACACCAAAUGCCAAAUUGGUGUACACACGCGUGGAGAGAGAGAGAGAGAUGGCACAUGGGCUGCUGAGAGAGAAGAGAAUGGGUUAGACUAUGUGGCUGGUCCCAGCAAAGCAUGGCAAUCCAACAACACUUUGUCAGUCUCCUUCAGGCUUCAGCUACCCUCCUCCCUCUUUAACUGCAUCUAUCACGAGUAAGGCUCCCAAUUAAAAAAAGGUAAAAGUCAUAUGCAAUGCAAUGCCAUCCUCUCAGUCUCAAGUCUUCUCUCCUUCCCUUCUCCUGGUAGCUCGCAGUCAUAGGAGUGAGAGGAGGGAGGAGGGGACGGGAGAUACCUGAUACUUCUGCAGCUUCUUGCGGCAAUCCUGCCAUUCUGCUACCUGGAGCUGGAGAGUGUGAGGCAGUGCUGGCGUUCUUGAUUACCUGCUCAGUCACAGAGGCACAAGUGUCUCUCCCUCUCGGAAGCGUAUCCGAUCACCAUGUGUUUGUGCGGCUGAAGGACAGCCAGAGAUGACACGUUCUUGACCUGCUAGCAAGGUGGUAGGGGCUCCUGCAUUUUGGGAUUUCUUUGGGUUCUGGUCGCUCUUUCUUGAGCCGUUUGUUGGCGCAACAAGGGGAGGGAGAUGCCGGCUAAGUACCUGCAGGCGUUUGGGGAGGAGAGGCGGCCGGAGCUGCACCGCCAGAUUGGCUGCGUCACCGGGAUCUUGCAGGCGUUCGACCGCCGCCACCCGCUCGCCGCCCACAAGAGGCUGCUCCCCCCAGGCCAUGCGCUGUCCAACAGCCCAAGUGUAGGGGGAGAGUGCACAAGAUAUUCACCCCAGAUUGUUCCCGAGAAGAACUUGAGUAAAACAUGGGCUGAGAACCAGAAAAUACCAACAGCAGAACUGUCGCAAACCUCAUAUUCGUCAUCACCAUCUUCGUCAUUCUCCUCCCUUGAUGGCAACAGGUCAACACAACAAGACCUAUCGUCCACUGACCGAAUGCUGUUUCCAGAGAGGCCGUUCAAGAGCUCGCCGAAGCUCAAGAGCUCUUUUGAUAGUGACAAUGGACUUGACUACCCUGAUGAUACCCUUACCAAGCCUGACAACAUACCUGCAGCUCAAUCCAGCUUGCCAACACUUGGUAUAAGAAAUCUCGUGAAGGAUUCUAUCUAUAAGGAUAGCCAUGACUUGUCAGUCAGAAUUUGCACCAAGGAAGAACGGCAAGAUCACCCAUUCAACUGUGUAGAUCCACCUAGGCAAUUGGAUAAGCCUGCUAGCGAUGGUAUACAAGGAAAAAGCAAGGGACUCAUGGACAUCAAUGAAUCGCUCCAAGUGUUGGCCAAGCUCAGGGAAGCCUCUUGGACGCCGUCUGAAUCAGGCCAUCACGCAAGACUUUCAUAUGAUGCUCCUCGGUUCUCGUACGAUGGUAAGGAAGCAGCAUCAAAACUGAGGGAGGUACCGAGGUUGUCACUGGACAUCAAGGAAGGUCACCUUUUGAAUCGUGAGAUGGAUUUGAGAUCAAAGCCAAGUAUGGGUGCUUCAGAAAGGAGCAGCAGCAGUAGUAAGGGAGCCAAUGCAGCCUCGAAGACCCAGCUGGAACAGCCUGCCUGUAAGCGUCUUCCUAGCGUUGUUGCGAAACUCAUGGGACUCGAAGAGUUGCCUGAGCAUAAUGAAAACAAUACCGCAUCAUCACAGGCAUAUAAAGCAGUUCAAGAGAGCAAGCAGGAGUCCGUGUUGAGCCCCUUGAACAUCUCCUCCCAUAAUGAGCCUGCUCCUCAACAACUAAGGAAUCAGGAUUCAACAGUCAGAAAUAUACCCAACUCCAAGUUUCCUGUUGAAACUGCACCGUGGAAGCAACAAGAAAGGAUCGUCCUACCUCGAAAACUGCCAAAGGGUUCAAAAGGAGCUCAUGGGAGAGACCAACCUGCUGCAUCGGUAUACAGCGAUAUAGAGAGACGUCUCAAGGACCUUGAUUUUCAGCAAUCAAACAAGGACCUCAGAGCGCUUAAGCAGAUUCUGGAUUCCAUGCAAGCAAAAGGACUGUUGCAAAACAAGAAACGGGAGGAAGAAUCUAUGCUGAAGUUGUACGAUGGAAAGAGUGAUAGCAAAGAGAUGACAGAUGCGAACAUGGGACUGAGCAGUAAGACCAACCCCAUGUGGAUGCUUGAAGAGAGCAACGCAGAAAGCUCUUUCAAAUCACCUAUUGUAAUUAUGAAGCCUUCUAAGUCUGCAAACAUUUUGAGCGAAAUGGAUUCUUCUGUAAUUCCACUAAGCGGUUCAUCUGUUCUCCCACAGCUGCAAACUGGCAAUAGCACUGAUAAAAAGAAAGCUUCAAUGAUCAAUAGGACAGCCAAAGAGCAGCAUGCAAAAUCUAGUCCAAGGGUGCCUACCCCUCAAUCCCUUGCUUCUUAUGACAGGAGAUCAAAUGGAAGGAAGGAAGAUAGCAGCAACAAGCAAAAAUCUAGUUCACUGCUGGUUACUGAGAGCUCAUGUAGAAGACAGCAGUUGAUAAGAGACAAUAGCAUGCAAAAGCAUAAAAACUCCACUAGUCCCAGAUCACUGCAGAAAAAGCUUGAGGCAGAGCGGAGGGCUAGACCACCUAUUCCUUCUGCUGAGUCUAACAAAAACCAAAGACAAUUCACGGAUAGGAAUUAUUUAGAUUCAGUGUCACCCCGAAGCAAAUUCAGAAGGAAACCUGUUCAUGCACAAGAAGGUGAUGAUGGCAUGCACAAUGGAUUGAAUAGCAGGACAAGGAGCCUAAACCUGCAAGGCAAUGAUAUGUCCACAAGGUCAGAUGGCAGCAUGAGUGUUGCUUCAGAGCUGGAUAUAGAAGUUACAAGCACUGACAAAUCUGCAGAAGUGAACAUUUCUAACUUUCAGCAAGGCAUUGGAACUCCAUCAGGAAGGAAUCCAGAAAAAGUGAAAACCUCAUAUGAUGCAAGCAAGGACGUGUCAUCUGUAGACCCUUCAGCAGCUAUCUUUGAACGGCCAAGUCCAGUUUCUGUGUUAGACUCUUCGUUUGAUCAGGAGGAUUUGUUCCCUGGCAGCAAGACUUCAAAUUCACUUAAUGCUGAUGAGGAGCAUCAUACAACAGAGGAGCCCUGGAAGCCUUCUGAUACAAAGCCAACAAAGCUCGCUAUGCAGACCAAGAACAGUAAGCUCGCUAAUGUAGCUAGCCUGCUUGAGAAGCUCCAGCAGCUUAGUGUGAACAAGGGUGACGAUGCCCCUCCAGUUGAUCAUAUUGCUUUCUUGUGUAAGACUGAAAGUCCGGACCACCGUUAUGUGUCUGAGAUACUGCUGGCCUCAGGCCUUCUGAUGAAAGACCUAGGUUCAGGACAGGCAGGCCUCCAGCUUCACUCUUCUGGCUACCCGAUUAACCCCGAUCUGUUCCUCAUGUUGGAGCAAAGAAAGGCUGGAUGGGUCACCAAACCUGACGGCAUCCAUCAAAGCAGAAGUGGCACAAAGUCUGAUCCCAAGAGAGCGCACCGGAAGCUAAUGUUCGACGCUGUGAAUGAGCUUCUCUUUCAGAAAUUUGAGAAGGAAAACAUAGUUUAUUCGGUCAGCUCGUUCACCAGAGUGAAGGAUCCACCUGCAAAGGUUCUGAGCGGGCAGCAACUGGUGAAAUUCCUCUCUUCAGGUAUCGAAGACCAGGAGACAGAGCGGUUGCGUAUCUGCCAGAAGGACAGCAGUGUGAUACCUGAUGCAGAGAUCCUGCAUAGGCUGCAGGGAUGGACAAGCUUUAGGAGGGAGCUCCCGGGGAUGGUGCUGGAGAUCGAGCGGUCGAUAUUCAAGGAGCUGGUGGAUGAGGUGGUGCACGGCGAGUCCGCUGACGGCCCACAGAUGAAGGUAGCAGGCAGGCGCAGAAGGCGACUCUUUGCUUAAUACUGUUUGGUUGACCAUCAUCAGGUUGUGGAAGUGGAACGAUUUGAUUUGUGAAUUUGUAACUUUAUUUGACAUGAAAGCUUUUUCCUCUCAAGAGAGAAGGUGUAGAAGUUUUUGUAUAAGCAGCGCAGAUUGCAGGGACCUGAAACAGGGAUUUGUGCUAUGUAGAUACUAUGUAUACCGGUGCUUUUUUUUGUGUUUUUUUUGGGGAUGCUUUUUCAGUUGAAUGCCUGAACCACCUUUUAGUUUUUACUCUUGUAGCUGUUGUCAUACCACAGAUGAGUAUGGAUCCGAUACCACUGCUGGUGCUGCUC